AUGGCAGAAACAUUCAACUAUUCGCAGGUGGCUAAACUGGCCAACGGAGCUGUUGCUCUUUCUGGAAUGUUGGGAGUGGACGCAACCGUGACUCUUGCACCAACCCUAGAGCAGCAGGUUGAGACAAUCCUGGACCACAUAGAAGCAGCACUUGCAGCUGCGAGCGCAAAACCCACAGAUGUCUUCAAAGUCAUCAGUUACCAUAUCGAUAUUGAAGAGAGUGCUGGUUUGAUUACCGCUGGGUGGCUGCGAAGAUACAAUUUCAAGCCGACGUGGACUGCCAUCGGGGUCGCACAAUUGGCCAUUCCUGGAGCUCGGUUGGAGGUACAAGUGGAAGCAUGGCGCUGCUCUCAAGAUAUUUAG